AUGACACCGCACCUCGCUUUGUUCCCUGCAAAAGCUCCUAUGGCCGAAGGACUUCACAAUCGUCGCCCGAUUGUCAUUUCCGGGCCCUCAGGGGUCGGCAAAGGGACGCUUUGCCAGAGACUGUUAAAUGCGCACCCGCAAAUAUUCGCAUUCAGCACUGAGGGCUCAUCCUACUACUUCGUCUCGCAAGACGAGUCCGAAUCGCUCAUCGCCGAGGACGCGUUCAUCGAGCACGUUGAGUUCAACGGCAACCUGUCCGGCACGAGCAAGCAGACAGUCAUUGACCAGUCCGCGAAUGGGUCCAUUGUCUUGCUCGAUAUUAACAUGGAGGGCGUUAAGCAGCUGAAGCAAGAACAGUGGAAGGCGGACGGCCAGAUCAACCCGCGGUUUGUCUUCGUCAAGCCGCCGGGUCCCGACGUCCUCGAGGCGCGCCUUCGGGGUCGGGGUACUGAGGAUGAGGAGAGCAUUCAGAAGAGGGGAGAAGUUAUAUGGGUUGAAAAUACUAAGUGA